GCUGCGUACUGUAGAAGCUCGUACAGCUGCUCUGGGCUGAUCUCACAGUCCUCACCAAGCAACGCUGCAGACAAGCGAGAUGACUUCUCCUGUGAGAAGGAAAAUGCCAGUAAAGAAAGGUUUCAUGUGACCACACACAUUUGUGGAACAGGAGGUGAAUUAUGCAGUAAAACAAUGUACUGUUUGGGCAAAAGCAACAGCAUGUAAAAUAACUCUUCCAUUCAUUAAGGUUUCUUUUGAGCCCACAUUUCAACAUCAGAGUUACCAUUAGCAUCUCAGUAAGGUACUUCAGAGAUGUCCUGCAAAGACCACCACAUGCAGACAUCUGCAUUUACAUGAGCUGCAUGCAGCUGUCUCACAUGUGCUUCGACAGAACCCAUCUGCUUUGUGUAACUGCAUCAGCUGUUGGGGCAUUCACUGACCCUGCUGCAAAAAGUGUUUCACAGCAUCCAAAGGAGCUGCAGGCAGAGAGGGUCAGAGACAGGACAGAACCACACAAAUUAGCACAGCAGUUCGUUAAGCCAUGAUCCCAAAUUUACCAGCUCUCCCAAGCCUUUUGGCAAGCAUAUACAUUACCUUGGAGAACUCCAGUGACUGUCCGGCCACGGAACUGACAUGACCAGUAAAAAUUUUCCAAGAUAGUAUUUUAUUACAUAACAAGAGGACAUCACCAAGGGCAGAUCAUACCUGACCCAUCAGGUGACCUUCUGCAAUGCAGUAACAGCACUGGUGGACAAAGGAAGAACAACUGAUGAUUGCAUGGACUCAUGUAAGGUCUUCGACAUGGCCCUGCUGUGUUGGACACAGCACCCGGCGGGACCUGGACAGGCUGGAGAAGGGGCACACGAGAACCUGCUGAGGCUGAGCAAGGCGCAGUGCGGGGUGCUGUGCUCGGGUCGGGGCAGCACCAGGUGUGUGCAGACUGGGAGAAGAGCUCACAGAGAGCAGCCCUGCGCAGAGGGAUGCGGGGGUUCUGGUGGACGAAGAGCUGGACGUGAGGCAGCAGCGUGCGCUCGCAGCCCCAAAGGCCGACUGCAUCCUGGGCUGCAGCAGCAGAGGGGGGCGGCGGGCAGCGAGGGGAUUGUCCCCCUCUGCUCUGCCCUCGGAGCCCCCAGCUGCAGUGCCGCGUCCAGGCCUGGGGCCUGGCAUAGCAAGGGGGGGAGCUGUUGCAGCGGGGCCAGGGCAGGUGAUGAAGAUGCUCGGAGCUUGGAGCAGCUCUGCUGUGCAGACAGGCUGAGGAGCCGGGGUGUGCAGCAUGGAGAGGAGAAGGCUGAAGGGAGACCUCAUUGCGGGCUUCCAGGACUUAAAGGGAGCUUAUGAACAGGAGGGGGACCGACCUUUUACAGCAGCAGACAGUGAGAGGACGAGGAGAAAAGACUCUAAGCUACAAGAGGCGGAUGCAGAUCGCUGGGGAUGGCGCGGAGCGGCCGGAGCGGCGGGGUGACGGAGUGGCGAUCCGGAUUCGGCUUCCUGCUCGUCCUCGACUUCGAGUCCACGUGCUGGCGGGACGCACGGCAACGCCGCCCCGAGAUCAUUGAGUUCCCGGCCGUGCUGCUGAACGCCGCCACGGGGCGGAUCGAGGCCGAGUUCCACGCCUUCGUGCAGCCGCAGGAGCAGCCCGUGCUCUCCGAGUUCUGCACGGCGCUGACCGGCGUCACGCAGAAACAAGUUGACGAAGGAGUCCCUCUGCACAUCUGCUUGUCACAAUUCUUGAAGUGGCUUCAGGAGAUACAGAAGGAGAAGAAAUUUCUGUUCAUCUCAGAAAUCCCAAGUAAUGCCAUUCCAGAGACAAAGAUGUGUGCUUUUGUUACUUGGACAGACUGGGACCUGGGCGUGUGCUUGCACUACGAAUGUAAGAGGAAGCAGUUGCGGAAACCUGGCAUCUUCAAUUCCUGGAUUGAUCUCAAAGCGACGUACAGGGCCUUCUAUAACAGAAAACCUAAAGGGCUGAGCGGUGCUUUACAGGAUUUGGGGCUGGCUUUUGUUGGACGGGAACAUUCUGGGUUGGAUGAUUCUCGGAAUACUGCUCGUCUUGCUUGGAGGCUGAUUUGUGAUGGGUGUGUGCUGAAGAUUACUAAAUCUUUGGAUAAGUCCUGUCCUAGGAAGAACUUAAUUUCCAGAACGCUGAAUACCAACUCUGCUGACAAGACUCUGCCAGGAAGUAGCAGCAGCCUUGAAACAUCCAGAGAUAGAUCUUGCAAGGCAAGCUCUCUGGCAGAGAGAAACCACAGUGGUACUGCUGGAAUUAUGGUAAAUUCCCACGUACAAUCUGCAGAACGGGCCACUUGCAGUGAUUGCGCCCCAGACAUGCAUGUUGUAUCUGGCAGCAGCUCAAGGACUGAUUUCCGUGAGGAAGUCCGAAGCUCUUCCACAGUAUCUGCUGACAGAUUUCCUCUUCUUGGACACGUGCAGCAAUCUCACAGUACUUUGUCACCAGGCAUUCAGCAAGGACUGAACAGCGGGCAUCUCAUGAGCGCAGCAAGGUACAGCUCUCCAGUGUGUGGGUCAGGACUAGUACUUGUCUCCACCACCAUCUCCUCAGUUAAUACCUCCAGUGAGGAUACAGGCACUCAUUCUGAUUGCUUGUCUCUGCUAGCUGACUGGGAAGAUGUAGCUCUAAUACCUAAAUCUCAGUCUGAACCAAAUUCAGACUGCGUUCAAUCUGAGGAGGACUCAAGUACAGACAUCUUAACUGUGUCUGAAGAAAAAACAAUUCCAAAGCAAUCGGCUGAGAUCAGUUCAGGUGAUCAAAGUUUGGGGAAAACUCUGGUACCCACAGAACCUCCUGGAUCUAUUGUUUACAAAAGUCCUGAUACUACUAUCUAUAAUGUAGGAAUGGUACAAAGGCAGACUUCAAAUCUUUCUGCCUUUAAGAUCCCAUCUGCAAAGGUAAAUGCUAUUUCUUCCCAAUCAGUAUUAAUGAGAAAUUAUUCUGUUCCUUCUGAGGUUCCCAAAAGAAAGCCAACCAGUCCAGCAGCACUCCCACCAGCAAAAAAACAGUCUUUUGCUAUCUAUCAAGAGAAAACUGUGUCUUCAGAUCAUGCCUUACCUUUGAGAAAUUUGAAUUUGUCCAAAGCAUCUCGCGCCGUUCUGAGCUCCACAGUCAAUACAAAUCAGUCUGUAACAGCUGUGCAAAAUCAAAGACUAACUCCCCCUCUGUGUAACUGUGGUCGAAGGGCUAAAAGGCUCUAUGUGUCAAAUGCAGGUCCAAAUCAUGGCAAGGCUUUUUUCUGUUGUCCUGUUGGCAGGCGUGAAGGUAGUAAGAGAAGUUGUGGAUACUUCAAGUGGGAAAAUGCAUUUCUAAAAGAGAAAUCUCAUGAUAUCACCGUGAAUGUAGAUGCUUUGACCUCUCUUGGAACGUGCUCCAGCACUUCAGGAAAUGAUUCCAACAAAUAUUUGUUCCUCAGACCAUCUAUGAGAACUUGAAGCUUUUUAAUUUGGUGGUUUGAAUCUGAAUCUCAGUUAACUGUAGUUAAUGAAACUGCGGCAGUCCAGUGUCAAAUACAUGUUCUCAGCAGAGGAUGAAAAUAAUGCUGCUUGGCUAAUGUGGAUGAAAAUUGCAGUGUUUAAGCACGCAGACAUACCCAUGUUGACAAGGUUGGAAUGAGACAGAACAAAUCACUGUGCUGCAGUUAAGGUGUGAGCAGCUGCUGUUACGCAUCUUAAACUCCUACUUCAUCAUCACGUGCCUUAAAUUCUUUGCUAAUUGAGUCCUCAAACAAUUUAAUGAUGUAGAUUUUGCUUUUAUACUAUUUUUACUGAA